CUGUCUGAGACAUUCAUAGCAUGUCGCACAUGUGCAAAAUAAGACUCUUCUUACUUUUUAUAUUGAUUUUUAACGAUUCAAUUUUAGAAUGUUUUCUUCCAUGUGGCAUGUAUGAAUGUCGAAACCUGUUUACAUGAUCGUGGACUCGAUAUUCAUAUACCGAAAAUCGCAUAGAAGAAAUUAUGCUAAAAUUGAGUCGUGAAAUUUCAAAAUACUUAAACACGUCCACUUGAGAAAAAUGUUUUCUAUUACGUAAUAGUCCUCUCAUAACCAAACAACUUUUGUUUCAAAUGUUUCUUUGUAUCUCAAAAAUUGAAAGUUAUUUAGAUGAUUCGUUUUUGGUGAUUCACCUUGUAUAAUAUAAACAAAAGAUGAGUUAGGUUUGGGUUAGGUUAGGUUUGGAUUAGGUUAGGUCAUUUUAUCCUGGCGGCAACCAAUACUAACAAAUACGCUGCCACGAACGUACAUUUAUAGACAGAAUUCACUGUAGUGGUAUCAACAAUUUUUUGUAAAUAUCUCGGAAACUAAGGCCGAGCGCUGGUUACAUGUAUAAUAGAAAAAAAUUGUUCAAAAUCAUGCCUCCGAUAAUACGUUCAAAAACCAUCGAAAUCGAUAGUGAGAAUAAACUUCUAAAUAAUUACCAUUUAACCUAGUACGUGAUUAAUUUUUUAUGCGUAACAUGUUAAAAAAUCAUUUGCUGUUUAUUAUUCGAGAAGUCUUCACUCUAGGUGUUACAGGGAACAAGAGGUAACUCGCCUGCUUCCACUUUUACCACUCUCAGUGUUGACAUAGUAAUAGAAUUUAAAUAUCAGCAGGAGAUAAUAUGUGUAGAUUUAUUAAGAUAACGCAUAUUUGAAGCUCUGUAUCUGUUACUAUGACAAUAUUUUACAGUUCAUUGCUCGCUAUGUUUCGAUGUAUCUCACUCAGUUUUGAUGCAUUCCGUUCGCUUCCUUCGUUGCACGUUACCUAUGCAAUUUAAGUAAAUGAAUGUGCCCGUUGCACAAUAAGGGAAAGAGUUGGGUUAGGUUUAAGUAACCCCAAAACGUGGGUACGAAAAAGCAUUGGAUCAUUGCAUGUCGAUGUCACAUUUAUUCUUUUUCUCGUCUGUGAUCAGAGCUUGAUGUUUUCAUAAUGAAAAAAUGCAUAAAUAAUUAAUGAAAUAUUAGCUUUUGGAAGUUUGUCCCGAUAUAGUAUCAUCGAUACAUCGAUACAUAUGAAUAUGUAAAUGAAUAAACUGAAAAUGCAUAUCCGUUUUUUAUUCAUUUAAAUAAAAUUAAAUGUACUCAAUAGUUUUCUUCUAACGUUAGUGUUAGUAUUGGAUAAAAUGUUUAUCAAAAAAUACAAAGUAACAGUAAGUAUAAUAUGAGAUGUGAUGAGUUCUGACAAACAAAUUUGCUAAAUAAAUUAAUCUUUAAAGAGAUUGAGACACAUUUCGAAAGGAAAUUGUUGGAUGAUAUUGUGUUUGCUUCAUUAACUUCAUUUCAAUUAUAUAUGCAUGUAAUAAAAUUAUUAUAUGUAAAUAAACAAAUAAUCAAAUUAAUAUACAUGCGUGCACAUAUUUGAGCAUGCAAUCCCAAACUCUGAUUUAUCUUUAAUGCUUUACUCUAUUUUUAUUCUGAUUAUUAUAUAACUAUCACUUAAUUAUCUUGUUUACAUCUUUAUGUAACAAACAGAAUGUUUACUAACAAUAUUGCCUUUAUUAAUAUGAAAAUUUAUUUUACUUAUUAUUAUUAUUAUUAUCCUACUCUUUCUUCAAUAAGUUUUUUUAAACAAUAGUUGUUUUCUUUAUGUAUAAGUUUCCUAUCACUUUUAGCAGAUCUAUUUAAAAAGUUAAAACUAUGGAAGGUCAUUCAUAUGUUUCAUGUAUCAAGAUUAAUGGAAUUCCUAUUUUACCACCAAUGAUAACUGAAGAUAUUAAACAGGAAAUGUCCAAUUAUAAGAAAAGUGCAAUAAAUAUAGAAAAAAAGUUGAACGUUUCACACAUUGCUAAAGAAUGUAAUAAUAGUGAUAUUUAUAUAGGAAAAGUUACAAAAGAAUCAAGGGGUAUAAAAUGUAAAAAAAGAGUUCAUGGUUCAAGAGAGAAUUUAAUUUCUUUUGAAUGCAAAAAUAGUAAUUAUAAUGAAACUAAUACUGUGGAUAUAAACAAUGUUCCAAUAGAAAUUUGUGAAAGCUCUAAUGACAAUUUAGAAAAAACAUUACAAUCUAGUAAAAAUUUAAACAGGGAAUGUAGGUGUGAAAAUCAGGUAAAUUUGGGACCUGGUACUGUUUCAAAAUCAAAAUCAAUAACUGCUAGCGUUGAUAGAGAUCACUGCUUAAAUGAAACAGCUUCAAUAGAAUCUACUAGUACAGAAACAAUAUCAGAUAUUUGGAAACCACAAGUGCCUAAAACAUUAAAUAUUACUCCAUUAACACUGAAUAAAGCUACAUGUAAUGGAGAUAGAGAUUGUCAAGAAAGUAAUUUUGAUAAUUUAGGAGAUACUCCUAAAUUAGUACGUCAAGGUUCCUAUGUGUUAGAUACUCCAAGUCCAAUAUUAUUGGCACACAUGCAAAUGGAACUUGCUACUUCAACUUGUGCUCCAUGUUCAGAAUAUGUUCCAACAUCUUACGAGAAUACGAACCAACAAAAAGAAUGGAAUGUUACACAAGCUAAAAUUGAGUGGGAGUAUGAACCUGAAAAUAAAGAAUCUGUUCCUAUAAGAAACUCUAAUCAUAAAACUAAUCGUAAAAUGUGUAAGUCCAUUUCUUUACAAACGAAACCGGAAUCUUCUUUUGUAAUAUGUCCAUCGACAAAGUCUGCGGAUUGCAUUCAAACGAUGUUAGCUAAAGAGUGUAUUAAUAGAAGCGAUAUACAAAUUAAUCACAAUGAAAAGUAUAUUGUAGAUAAUAACAAUGAAAACAUAGAUACAUUACAAACAUGGAACAAGCAUAAUAGCUCUUGCACUUUUAAUCCAGUCUGUAAACUUGGUGGUUCCUUGGAAGAUCUAAAUGAGCACAAUAGCAUUUAUGCAACUAAUAAUUUGAUGGAAAAAUUUUCGAAAGAUACAGAUAUAGAUAACCCAAUCCCUAAAUUGAAAUCUACUAUUGCAUCUGAUAAACUUCUAACAGUUUACAAAAAGGUACAAGAGAUGCAUAAGAAUCAGAUGGCUGAAUUAAUGUUUCGUCAACACAGGGAACAAACAUUACUACAAAAGGAAUUUGAAAAACAACAGUUACUUUUAUUGACUGAGAUUAAAAAAUCCUUUCCAAAAAUUUCAGUUUCUUUGCUCUCUGAAAAUAUCUUGUCUCCUGCUUUUAAUGAUGAAAACAAUAUGCAAAAUGUUAGAACAUUAAAAAAUAAUCUAGAACAAAAGAAUGAAGUAGAACAUUCACAAGAUAAUAGGACGAACAUAAUUUCCUGUCCAUUGAAUUAUAUUUAUUCUGAAAUGAAUUAUGAUAAUGCUCCUUGUUCUACUAGAUAUUCAUAUACAGCUCAAUCUUCAGAAACAGAACCCUCAGUCAACAUUAAUAAUUCUCUGACAAAAACAAAUGGAAGAAAUACAGAGAUGCAAUCAAAUGAUGUAAAUUACAAAGAAAGAUUAUUAGAGGAGGGUGAAACAAGUAAACGUUCAAACGUUAGUCGAGAAUUAUUUCCUUUAGAUAGCAAAACUACUCAUGUACCAGUCCUUGAGAGGACAAUAUAUGAAACUAAACAUAUUAAAGCAGUAAAUGUAAUAAACGCAUAUGCAAGAGGGUAUUUAGUACGUAGAAUGAUGCGAACCGAACGUGUGAUUGCUUUAAAAAACACAUACAAAGAAGCUUUACAUUGCAUGCUUAAACUUCAUGUUGAUGCACCUCUUAAUCGUUCAGAAUUUAAUUUUUUACAUCGGCUUCAAUUACAGUGUGACGCAGCUUCUAUGAAUAUAGUGGAGUUAUUUGCCCAAAAUCCCCAGAAAAGAACGCAAGUAAUAGCGCAAGAUCGUGAAAUUAAAAAAUCCCGUAUAGAACGUCCAUCAUCUGCAAGAUCAUACUCGUUUGCAACUCAACGGACUUUAGCCAGGAAAAAACUGAAGGAGAUGGAAGAAUAUCAACCAACUUCGUUUGUUCGUUCAUGUUUGUCUAGAUCUAGAUGUCAAACUUGGACUUCAGAUAUUAAGGAAAGACUUAUCUCUUCAAACAUUUUAUAUGAGAGUAUUAAAAGAAGUACCAGCGCUGGGACUGUACGAAAACCUUGGCGAUAAAUUGAUAUAAUGGUGCCUUUUAUUAUUUAAUUUAAUAUGUGUACAUUGUGUUAAAAUAUGUAAACAAACCCACUUUGUGCCUGAAUUUUUUAAUAAAUUCGUUUCAUACAAAA